GGGCAUAAAACAGAGUGACACUCGCAGUAAGUUUGUAUGUAACAUUUGUGAACAUUUUGAUGGGUUAAUCAGAAUAAAUAUUUGUGCAUUAGUGUUUUUAGUAAACAUGUAUUUCGCCGCUGGUGUUUGACACUCGUCGGUUUUGAGUGAAAUAAAGUAGAAAGAGAAUUUUAAGCUGAAAACCAGCGAGGUUUGGAGAGCAUGACCGAGGAAACGCUGCUGUUCAUAGAUAUUCGAGACUCGAAGAUCUCCACGGCGUCUGAAGCUGAGACCAGUGGGUCGCUCUGGACCGCCAGCGAUAAUUCCUUCAGAUUUAACUUCGACACGGACAACGACACAGCCACGCCGCCGCCGCAGGAGGAAGCGCCUGCAGCCGCGUCACUGUCCUUUUCAGGGCAGAGCUCAGCUUUUGCUUUCAACUUUCAAAUCCCUCCUGCAGAAGACAUGGACACGACAGAGGCUACAAAACCCGCCUCAUUGCUAGGCAACCAACAGAAAGGGCCUUCCCGUCCACAGGGGGGCGCCACCGCGUGUGAAGCAUCAGAUCAGACCAAAACAAAGAAGAAGAAGAAAUCUGGGAAGAAGAAGCCGUCCGACUCCGAGGCUCAGCAGAAACCGACAGAAGAGAAUCAGGAAGAGCUGAGCCCUGAAGAGCAGCUGAACAGGGAGCUGAACUGGUGCAUCGAGCAGCUGGAGCUGGGAAUAAAGUCCCAGAAGGGAACGCCAAAACAGAAUGUUUUCUUCCCCGUAGAGGAGGAGGCCUCCCGCGCCCUGAAGACGCUGCGCAGCUCCAAAGCUCCUCUGGUCAAGAAGCGCCAGCUGAUGAGAGCCUUGACUGGGGAUUACAGGAAGAAGAUGGAGGAGGAGAAGAACAAGCAGUUCCAGCUCAUUCAGAGCGAAACCGCAUCGGCUCAGGUCAAAGUGGUGUCGGAUUCCCCAAAGAAGUCCGUUUUCCACCGCAGAGCGGAGGCGAGUACCGGUCCAGGAGCCUCACAGACCCAGCAGCAGCAGCAGCAGCAGCAGCGACGGACCGAGACGCCGGCCUUCAGCUUCGUUCCAUCCCAGGAGGAAUUUCACUUCAAUUUCUUCUGAUGUUUCUGGGCUGAAAGAAAGAUGGAGUUUCUGCAUGAACUGAAAUAAGCAACGCUUACUCAAAAUACUCAAAACAGAAGAUUUGGUGUGGAAAUUGUGCAAAUCCAAAAGGCUUUCAUUGAUCUGUUUGUUUACAUCAAUUUUAAAUAAAAUCAUUUUCUUCAGUUUCAA